AUGCUAGACUCAGAUGAAUUUGAUUUAAGGUCAACUGCGCGUGAAGAUUAUGAUAGAAUUCAAGCAAGAAAACUUGAUGCCCUCCAUUUUCGAUUACAACAAGCAAUUAAUCUAAAAGAUGACGAAAUUGGCAGAUUAAAAGAUGAAAUUGCAUACUUAGAAGCUCAAAUUAAUGUUGUUGAAGACAAAAAUUUAACAAAAACAGGUCCUGUUGAAGAAAAAAUUCAAAAACUAAAAUUCAAAAAAUUUAAAAUCGAACAGAAAUACGAAUUACUAAUAACACAAAAGAAAACAGACUUUGCAAAAGAAAUAAAUUCAAUUAAUCUUGAUCAUCAAGAGCAAGUCAAACGUUUAAGAAGUGAAAUUGAAUACGUAAUGUUUAACUCAAGCUCACAAGGCUCAUCAUCUAAUAAAAAAGAAACUGAUGAAGUAGAUGCUUUUCUUGAAUCUAUAAAUUCGGAUAAAUACAGAAUUAAACAUCAAGAUAAUUCAACUAAAUCAUCAAUAUCUCAGCCAUUCAUUGAACAAACCCUUGGAGAUGUACAAGAAUUAGAAAAUCAGAAUCUCAAGCUUAAAGAGCAUAACCAAGAUCUUGAAAAUCAAAUUAAUAAAAUCAAGGAACAAAUUGCUGAUGCAGAAUCUAAAACAUUCACUCCAUCAUCAUCUGAUGAUGAUGAGUUUGAUGAUAUCUCAGAUGAUUCAUUUGAAUAUGAAGAUAAUUUAUCAAAUUCUCAAGUUGAAGAGAUAAAAGACAGAUUUAACGAAGAAAAAGAAAGACUUCAAAAGCAACAUCAAGCUGCAGUUCAAAAAUUAAAGCAGCAAAUUGAAAAACAACAAAAAGCAAUUGCUAAAUUUGGAAAUGAGAACAUAAGUAUAGAUGAUAAUGAUGACAAUGCUACAACUGCAACAUCUGCAGCAAAUAAUUCUAGGAAAUCUUCAAUUAAAAGAUCAUUAAUGGAUAACACACAAAUGAUAUAUAAUGAAAUAGCAACAAUGACAGACGCACAAAAGGAGAAGCGGAGAAAGGCUUUGCUUAUAGAAAAUGCAUCGUUAAAGAGAGAAAUUGGCCGGCUUAACUACAUGGUUUAUGGAAAGUCUGGUAAAUACGCCAAAUGGAGGAAUAUUAAAGUAUGA